AUGGCGAUAGCUCGAUGGAAGAUCCAGAUUAAGAGUAUCCAGAACUCGACGAACUGGCAGGUGACUUACUCUAAGCGCCGCAAAGGGCUCUUCAAGAAGGCCAACGAGCUCACCGUCCUCUGCGACGCCAAAGUCUCCAGCACCGGCAAGCUCCACGAGUUCAUCAACCCCGCCGCCACGUCAGUCUACAUCACCUCUACUUUCAUUCAAUCUCUCCCUUCCUCUCUCCGAAACCCUAAAUUCCCGAUUCCAUAUGAGAGCGAGUUGAAUCCGAGUUGA